AUGAUUCCUCCACCUCCACCACUUCCUCCUAUUGUAAAAUAAUUUGAAAGAGAAGAUGUUUAUAGGAAGAAAUUAAUGGAAAAAUUGGGUAAAGGAUCAACAACAGAUGAAAUAGAAAAAAAAUAAAAAAAAUCUUAAGACAUUGAUGAAACAUGUUAUGAUGGAGUAAAAGUUAUAGAGAAUUAACCAUUAGAUACUUAAAAUUGUACAUAAUGUGAGAGAUGUUAAAAAUGGAUUAAAAAUGAAUCAUAUUAACAUCAUCUCAUUUGUCAUUCUUCAAGAGUAUUAAUUUAAUAUAAAUAUUUAUUAAGAUUUUAGAUUGGUUAUAUUUAGGAACAGCAAUGAAUUCAGAAAAUGAAACUGAACUUGAUUUAAGAACUCAUGUAACAUAUAUUUUAAAUGCUGCUGCAGAAUGUUAAAAUUAUUAUCCAUAAAAAUAUUAAUAUCUAAAAUUACAUUUAAUUGACACUAUUGGAGAAAAUAUCUCAGAACAUUUUAAUGAAGCUUAUGAAUUUUUAGGUAAUAAUUAUAAAAUUAUAAAAAGAAAAAUGUAGAAAAGAAGGAAAAUGUGCAUUAGUUCAUUGUCAGAAGGGGAAAUCAAGAAGUGCUACUAUUGUGAUUAUGUAUUUGAUGAAACAUUUAGGAAUGAAUUUAAGAGAAGCAUUUAAAUAUACUAAAGAAAAGCGUUAUAUUGUCAAUCCAAAUAUUGGAUUUAUUAGACAAAUGAUAUAAUUAGAUUAAUAAUUAUAUGGAAAGAAAUCUAUCACUGCUCAUGAAAUUAAUCCAUUAUGUAGUGUGGAGUUUGAAUGA